AUGAGAAAUAUACCAAAUACAUACGUACUGUCUUUAGCUCUAGGCGAUUUAUUGGUGAUAGUGACUUAUAUACCUUUCACAUUAUUUGUUUAUGUACUUGAUUCAUGGCCAUGGGGUUUAACUAUCUGCAAAUUAUCUGAAUACGCUAAGGAUAUUUCGAUUGGUGUAUCAGUAUUUACUUUAGCCGCUUUAUCAGCCGAAAGAUAUUGCGCCAUCGUAAACCCUAUUCGUCGCCACGUGGCGGGUUUAAGCGCAAAACCACUUACCGUUUUAACGGCAUCCCUUAUUUGGGUCUUAGCGAUUGUCAUAGCUAUGCCCGCUGUGCUUUUCUCCGAAAUAACGUCUGUACCUGUAUUAGGAAAUCGCAGUAUUUUAAUCUGCAAUCCUUUCCCUGAAGAAUUUGGAGAAAUUUAUCGAAAGAGUAUGGUGAUGUUCAAAUUUUUAGCAUAUUACUUAAUACCAUUGUGCGUGAUAGCUAUUUUUUAUUUGAGCAUGACAUGGCAUCUAACAUUGUCUACUAGAAAUAUGCCAUGCGAACUUCCCGAUUCUGAUCUUCACGAACAGAUAAAGGCGCGCAAAAGGGUGGGCAAAAUGGUAGUAUGUUUUAUAAUCAUUUUUGUGAUUUGUUUUCUACCAUAUCAUAUUUAUGUGCUCUGGUUCCACUUUAAUCCAACGGCCAUGGACGAUUUUAAUUCUUACUGGAACACCUUUAGAAUAUUUGGUUUCUGCCUCAGUUUCAUCAAUAGUUGUGUUAAUCCCAUUGCUCUCUACUUAAUUAGCCGCACGUUUCGUCAAAAAUUUAAUAAAUAUUUAUGUUGCUGUCUACCUGGUGGUUCCACUGUCUGCGGUAGAAAUAGAACGGAAAGCAGUAUUACGCAGGGAAAUAUUAUUUUACAAAAAAGUCGGCGCAUUAACGAGACCAGUGCUUCCACCAUUCGAAGACGAACACAAGAGUUUAAUUCAACCGGAGUAUUUGAAAUGGGCAGUAUAGAAACUAAGCUUCCUGUGGUGACCGAAAAUCGCUCUCAUGGACAAACACUGAGUCAAAUAAUGAAGAGAUACUCGUCGGCACCUUGUUUAGAAGACGUUGGCAAUGACUCUAAAAGAAUAAAAAACACUGAACAAUAUGCGGAUCCAAAUACAAGAGAAUAUCUCCAAUUGGCUUUAGCCAGAGUCCUAGAAUUACAACGAGAGAUCAGGGAAGGCACAUACAUCGCAGAAAUCGAUGGUAGCGAUCUGAGUAAUGCAAAACUUUUCCCGUUGUUUUCAAAUUUUCUUUUAAACGCAUCCGGCAGUGAAGAAGAUCUAACAAAAGAAAUUCUUACUAAAGUGUUUCACGAUUUACCUGGGACACCCAGUUCUCUCGCUAAAAUAAUAGACCGAGAAACACGCUGGAAAAAUCAUCGCAUAGAUGCCAUUCGUAGUAAAAGAAUACAAUUACUAGGUUUCGAUACUUGUCGAAGAAUGGCCCUUGAAUUCAUGAGAACCAUCAUAUGGGAAUCGCGAAACAAAUCCUGCUCAUUAAAUACGAUCGAACUCGACAAUUUUUCACAAAACGAAUCAUUGCAUUUAAAAGAUGAAAUUCUAGUUAAUGAUUUUCAUAAACGAGAGUCCAACACGCAUGAAAUUCAAACGAGAAUGUUGAAAAGUUUGGAUUUGCAUUUGGCUGCUAAACAAAGAGACUAUACGUCAAAAUUAAUGAAAUCGGAUAUUUAGUAUAAUACCUUUGAAUGGAAAUAGAUUAAGUGAGGAAAAUUUCCGAAUUCAAUAUAUUCUUCAAUA